UCAGAGUACGUAAUUUCGGUUGUAUAAUUGCUAGUGCGAAAUACAAAAUAUUUUCAUGAUGAACUGGAGAAAUAACUUUAACGAUAACUUAUCAAAAUAGAUCAGUAAAAACAAAAUGAUGCAAAGAAUCGAUGGGAGGUUUGGAGCAUAUUGUAUGUUAUGUGGCAUAAGAAGUUUUUCAAGCAUACCAGAAAAUAUUUUGAAAGCAAAACUUACUUCAAUUUCCAAACCUCAGUGUCAUAAACGAGUGAAUAGUUAUCAAGAAUAUAAACAAAUCAUUUCUAUCCGCGAAUUUCGAACUUUACAUAAGACUUGGCGAAGAAGACUACUCAUAGAUCAAGCUUGGUACCGUAAACAAUGUUAUGCCACUGGAAUUUUUCGAACUGUAUCCAAUUUCCUGAGGUUGCGUUAUAUACUUCUUGGCACAGCUGGUGUUGGUGUUCUUGGCACGAAAAUGAUGUAUGAUUCAUAUAAAGAGAAAUGGAAUGAACUUGUGGGAAAUUUGCCUGAACUUCCUAACAUGGAAUGGCUGAGAAAUUUCUUCUCAACAGAAAAUUUACCCCAGCUACCAGAUCUGCCUGAUAUCUCUUUGAAUAAAGACCUAAAAGACUUCUUGUCUGUGGCUCAAGAGUAUCUCCAAGAGUCCUUAGAAUCAGAAGCAGGUCCAUCCAUUGUUUCUGCUGCAGUCCAACCAAGCAAUGUUAAAGCUGAUAAUGGAGAAAAGGAAAAGUUGCAAAGAAGACUAGAGAAAUCCAGUGAAGAACUGCUGGAUCUGCAGCAAAGAUACCAACACGAAGUAGACAAGCUGGCGCAGGAAAAUAAGAAUUUGCGUAAAGAAAUUCUCCUGUUAAAAGGCGAACCUGUCGUUUCUAGCAGACAUAUUAAGAAAUCAUUGAUUGAUAUGUAUUCUGAUGUCUUGGACUUGCUCUCAGAAUACGACGCAAACUAUAAUACCACAGAUAAUCUACCUCGGGUUGUUGUUGUUGGAGAUCAAAGUUCUGGAAAGACGAGCGUCUUAGAGAUGAUUGCGCAAGCCAGAAUAUUCCCAAGAGGUUCUGGUGAAAUGAUGACCCGAGCUCCAGUUAUGGUAACGUUAAGUGAAGGUCCUAAUCAUAUGGCGUACUUCAAGGGAAGUUCACGUGAAUACGACCUGACACAAGAGACUGAGUUGCAAUCUCUGAGGCAAGAAGUUGAACGAAGAAUGAAGAAUAGUGUGAAAGAAGGAAUGACUGUCAGCCAAGAGGUGAUUUCUAUGAAUGUGAAAGGACCUGGUCUUCAGCGCAUGGUAUUAGUGGAUCUACCUGGGAUAAUUGGGACACGAACGUCUGGAAUGGCAGCAGACACAAAGGAUUCAAUUUACAAUAUGAGCAAGUUAUACAUGAAGAAUCCAAAUGCUAUAAUACUGUGUAUUCAAGAUGGCUCAAUUGACGCUGAAAGAAGCAAUGUGACAGAACUAGCAAAUAUCAUGGAUCCUCAAGGUAAAAGGACAAUUUUCGUGUUAACAAAAGUGGAUCUUGCCGAACAGAACGAGGCUAGUCCAAGCAGGAUUAAACAAAUUCUUGAAGGUCGUCUGUUCCCGAUGAAAGCCUUGGGUUAUUUUGCUGUUAUCACUGGCACAGGCAACCCAAGCGACAGUAUUGAGUCUAUAAAGAGUUAUGAGGAGGAGAUGUUUCGGCAUUCAAAACUCUUUAAGUCCGGCGUAUUCAAAGCUAGUCAAAUGACCACACAAAACCUAAGUUUCGCUGUAUCCAAUUGUUUUUGGAAGAUGGUACGAGAAUCCAUUGAACAACAGGCUGAUCUCUUCAAAGCCAAAAAAUUCAAUUUGGAGGCGGAAUGGAAGAAUCAGUUUCCAAAGAUCAGAGAAUUGGAUCGUGACGAGCUGUUUGAGAAAGGUCGUGCUGAAAUUCUCGAUGAUGUUCUUAGUCUACAUGAUAUCACACCGAAAGACUGGGAGAAAAAGCUUUACGACAGAAUGUGGCAGACCAUCUCACCUCGUGUUGUUGAAGAUAUCUACAUUUCUGCAGCGCAGAAUACCAACCCGGGAAAAUUUAACACCAUUGUUGAUAUCAAACUGAAACAUUGGGCAGAGAAAAGCUUAGCAAGCACCUCUAUUCAGGUUGGCUGGGACACGUUAUUUGGCGAAGUAUCGAAAGCUUUGGAGACUUCCAAUGAAGCCAACAGGCGAGAUAGUCACAGUUCGCUGUUUGAGAAUUUGAAAUCUGCAGUAAAAGAUCACUGCAUUACAAAUCAUCAAUGGUUGCAUAAAGCCGAGGAAAGCUUGAAAGUGAUGCAAAUGACUGCAUUAGAAGAUUGGUCAGUGAGGGAUAAACUGGAGUGGGAUGCAGCCACGAAAUUUCUCGAAGCUACGUUGCAAAAUCAGUUGAAUGAAGCAACAAAAAAACUAAAUGAAUUGACAGGACCUGGAAGAACUGAACGUUGGUUAUACUGGAAGUAUAGAACAAAGGAACAGGAGCUGUCCUCUUAUGCUCGUGAUGAACUUCAAAAGCUUCUACAGAUUGACGAGAAACAUGGCCCAGAACUGGCUGAGGAUGAACUUACAACUGUUCGCAAGAACUUAGAAGCACUCAAUGUAGCUGUUGAUCAUGAUCUGAUAAAGCGAACUUGGCAACAUAUGCAUCGUGAACAGUUUAUUCAACGUGCUAUUAACGAUGCUCAGGAAUGUCGGAAAGGUUUUUAUCAUAAAGAAGCAAUAAAAACUGAUCUCCAGUGUAACGAUGUCGUGUUAUUCUGGCGUAUUCAAAAAAUGUUGCAAAUUACUAGUAAUUCUUUACGACAGCAGAUAAUGAAUUAUGAAGCUCGAAGACUAGAAAAAGACGUGAAGCUUGUUCUUGAUGAAAUUUACUCGGAUUCUGCUAAAAAAAUAGCAUUGAUUACAGGAAGACAAGUUGAACUGGCUGAAGAACUAAAACGCGUAAGACACAUACAAGAAAGUUUAGAGCAGUUCAUCGAUGCAUUGAGCCGGGAAAAAUAAAAAUAAAAAGGGAGUGUUGAUGGUGCUCUGUGAAGAAGUGAACUUGAUAGACACGAUGUAGAGGAACACUGCAAGACGUUUAAACCUUGAUAUCGAAUUAGGAUUGUAACAUAACGUUUACUACAUUUCCCAAAUCUAUGCAUAUAUAUUGGAACUUAUUUUAAAUGAAGUAAAAUAUGUUGAUUGGUGGAUUUGCCAUAACUACUAGCUUAUUUUCCAAUCAAAUUUUCCCACAAAGAGCCGGUCCCACCCAAGCCAAGUAAACGUAAAUCAAUCGUUUUAAAAAUUUUAAAUUCAAUUCAUUUCAAUUCU